CGCGAUCAGUGGCCGUGCAUUCGCGAGAGGAGACUGAACCAGCCGGUCGACCCGUUGCCGCUCCUUGUCCGGCGUUGUCCAUAAGUUCGCCUGCUCGGGACCCUCGCAGCAGAAGCAGCAGCAGACGUGCAAGAAACAAUAGCGUCGUCUGCUCUAUCGCUGUCGAUAGUGCCAGACGUCUCGUCAUCGUCUUCUGUUUCUCAGGGAGCGCUCCAGAAGUCGGUCAGGUCUCGGUGCACUUACAGUCAUGCGGGAGCAAGUGUCCCACGUGGUCCUUCUAGUCACGUUCGCCUGGCUUGGCUCGGCUGUGGCCGGACCGAUUGAGAAGCCGGAGAACAGCGACAAGAUCGGCAAGCAAACGAUCCAGGAAUUCUUUACAUCCGACUGGGGAGCAUGCGAGCCUCUGAAGAACCCGCUUGUCAUACCAGAGAUGAGUGAUCCUCAGACCUGGAUUCGGUGUCAGAAGCACCUUCCAGAGCAUCCCAGUGAUAUCGAGGAAUACCUCCCAAGGCUUAGCAGAUGCAUGCUCAAGAGCACUGGAUGGGUUCGAAGCAACGGAAACAUGAACCUGAGCAAAUACCUUCAGUACCUCAGUCUCCUCGGCCUUGACAAUGAGACAAUGGACAGCACGCGGGAAGCCCACAAAGGAUGCAUUUCAAAAGCGUACAAGGAAACGGAUUUCAAAACUCAGGACAAGCUCUACGUGGAAUGCAUUUUCAGGCACUUCACAAAGGUCUGUGGAGCAAACUUUCAGGGAGCAGUGAAGGAAGGUUACAUCGUUGGCAUCACACAAUUGAGCUUCAUGCCAAGGAUGGGCCCGCUGGAAGUAGUAGAUGAAGUCGGCGGCGAUGACGUCGUGGAGACACCGCCUGGUGAAGAACCAGUGCCACGCCCAGUCAACGAAACCUCACCAAUUGAACCGUGAACAAGAAGUGCCUCGUUCGCACAAAUGCGAUGUUAUCGUGUAGAUUAGGCGACUAUGUAUAGUUGUUAGUUUCAGAACCCAGUCGAAUUCUGGAUGUUAUUCUUUUUUCUGACCUUGCAGCGACACUGAAGAGAAACACUACACCAGUUUUGACUGAUCAAGUAUUUUUGUUUUUUCAAAUCCUCAUUUUCCCCUGAUUUCGCAAUACGAAGCUGGUCACUAGAAAAGGAAAUCAGUUCCAGAUUUCACUGCAAUUUCUUUAGCAUUUAACUCUGAAACUCCUACGCCGCUACGUCAGUGUGACGUCAUAGAUUUCCACCUAUUCAAUGUAUUCAAGACGAUGAGCGAAACGUGGACAAGAUGAAAGCAGAUGUUGCCUUGAAAAAGACAAGUCCACUUGUCGAAACGUUGGCUCCUGCUUUCAUCUUGUUCGCGUCUUGCUCAUCGUCUAGAAUUUCCAUCUCCUGCACUCCCCGUGUUCUUUAAAAUUCCAAGCAUUUCAAAGGGCCCUUGCUAAGAUAAGCUUGCAAAGUACAGCUUUCGGCUCCCUUUGAAUACAAUAUAGUCCACUAUUGAUGGUAGCAAAAAAAAAAAUAAAGAAGGAAAAACAUUAUAAGCCGUAGCAGAUGCUGUAAAAAAUGUAUGACGACACACCAAGCUGCUAAAGGAACUUGAAGGCGACGUUACCACUCGCCGAUUAUGUUUCUGCGCAUUUUUCUGGCUUAUCAAGCGGUCUCUCGCGGCAACAGUGGCUUUUUUAGUGUUGUAGAAACGUAAUUUACUAAAACAGCUAAAUUUAAGUUGUUAGUGUCCUUGCAGAAGGGUUUAGAGUGCCGCAUGACGCGGCUAGAAAAAAAAAUGAAGGUAGAAGAAACACUUGCUCCUGAAACGCUUCAAUUAUAUGCAUAUGCAUAGUCGCGUUAUUAUACCACCGCAUACAAACAUUCCAGUAUUCAGCUUCAAAACCUGAGUGCUUCUUUCUUGCACUAUGCACGCGGCGAACGCAAUGUAUAACCACAAAACGAAACGCGUUCAACUUUUUCAAGAGCACAAUAUCAACAUCAUUUUCUUUUUUCUGCGAUCAGUAUUACGAGCGUAGGGGAGCUAUACAGCUAGGUCGAAUGCAUAGUUACUCUCGAAUAUUGCGGAAAUGAACAUUUAGCGGCAUUUCACACGCUUUCAAAUAGUAAGCGCUAGCUCACAGCACCAUAAUAACUUAUGCGUGGUUUCAGGCUAAAGCGUUGUCGUCGUAUCCUGACUGACAACUUGUACAGUUUCAUUUUAACAAAGGCCUUACACUCAGCAGUUCAACAGAGCCAAAUAUAUGGUCUACGUCUUCAAUUUCUUCAUUUGCUUGUCAACCACACAUUAAGGAUAAAUCAUUACGAAUCAACAACCCAUCGCAACUCAUCGCAAAGCAAUAGCCAGCAUUAAACACAGUUUGCUUCCUUCUAAAUAAUCAACAUUGCGCGCUAUGUCUAAGAGCACCGCCGCUUUACGUUCAUUGCAUAAAACACACAAGUAAAUGCAGGCCUUGCCAUUACGUCACCGUAGGGAAGGGCGACAAAGCUUUGUCACGCUUUAUAAGAAACUGUCACGCUGAAAGAAAGCAACAAGCGAUGUUCUUUCUUUAAUUUUUGACGGUUUUAAAACUUCUGCUGUAUUAAGUUCCAGAAAGUUGCCAACAUCACUCAUUAGAAAAGAAAGCAUGCGUCAAAGUUCGUGAUGCCAGAAUUGCGACCGAGUUGAUUUUCAGGCGCCAUACGAUGACGAAGUCGAGAUCACAAAAAAAAAAAAGAAAAGAAAGUGAACACAUUAUGGAGCAAUAUUUUCGUUUCCUUAAUAAAAGGUUUCAGAAUUU